AUGGAGACAGAAAACACUACAGUGGUGACAGAAUUUGUCCUCCUUGGCCUGACACAGUCUCAAGAUGUUCAAUUUCUGGUCUUUGUUUUAGUCUCAAUUUUCUAUCUUGUGAUUCUCCCUGGAAAUUUACUCAUCAUUUUCACCAUAAGAUCAGACCCUGCACUCAGGCCUCUCUACUUCUUCCUGGGCAACUUGGCCUUCCUAGAUGCAUCCUAUUCCUUCAUUGUGGCUCCCCGGAUGUUUGUGGACUUCUUCUCAGAGAAGAAGAUAAUUUCCUACCGAAGCUGUAUCACUCAGCUCUUUUUCUUACACUUUCUUGGAGCAGGAGAGAUGCUCCUUCUUGUUGUGAUGGCGUUUGACCGCUACACUGCCAUCUGUCGUCCUUUACACUAUUCAAACAUCAUGAACCCUAAUGUCUGCUAUGCAUUACUCUUGGGUCUGUGGCUUGGCGGCUUUGCCCAUUCCUUUGUACAAGUGGCACUUAUCCUGCACUUGCCUUUUUGUGGCCCAAACCAGCUGGACAAUUUCUUCUGUGAUGUGCCACAAGUCAUCAAGCUGGCCUGUACAGAUACUUUUGUAGUGGAGCUCCUGAUGGUCUCCAACAGUGGCCUGCUCACUGUCCUGUGUUUCCUAGGACUUCUGUCCUCCUAUGCUGUCAUACUCUGCCGUGUUCAGGGGCAGUCUCAUGAAGGGAAGAAGAAGGCUCUCUCUACAUGCACCACUCAUAUUAUCAUUGUGUUUCUCAUGUUUGGUCCUGCGAUUUUUAUCUAUACUCGUCCCUUUCGGGCUUUUCCAGCUGAUAAAGUGGUUGCUCUCUUCCACACAGUCAUCUUUCCUUUGAUGAACCCUGUGAUUUAUACACUUCGGAAUUGUGAAGUGAAAGCUUCCAUGAGAAAGCUGUUAAGUAAGCACAGCAUUUGUUAG